GGGGGGGGAGUGGGGCGGCGGGCGGCGAUGCGGGUGCGGAUCCGGGGCUGGAACGGCGUCGCCUCCUGGCUCUGGGUGGCCAACGACGAGAACUGCGGCAUCUGCCGCAUGGCCUUCAACGGCUGCUGCCCCGACUGCAAGGUGCCCGGCGACGACUGCCCGCUGGUGUGGGGACAGUGCUCGCACUGCUUCCACAUGCACUGCAUCCUCAAGUGGCUCAACUCGCAGCAGGUGCAGCAGCACUGCCCCAUGUGCCGGCAGGAGUGGAAGUUCCGUGAGUGACCGCGGGCGCCGGGGCCGCCGCCGCCGCCCGGCACUGCGCGGGCCACCGGCACCGCUUCCAUGCCACAGCCGGGCUGCUGGCGGCAGCGGCCACGGGGCCCACGACGUGCUCACUGCCCUGCAGCUCCGGGCUCCGCUCACCGCUCCGUCAGCGGCCACAGUCAGGCUCCAGGCUGUAUCGUCCCUACCUGCGCUGCUGGCAAUAAACUCCUUGCUGUGAUCUGCUCA